AUGUCUGCGACUGCAGUCUUGUGCGCUCCUCCUUUCAUGGACCCAACUAACCCUAUGUCCGACUACAGCUACUGGCAGGUCCAGAACUGGAUGCUGGCAAUGUCCAACUAUCCGCCGCCCCCGCCGCCGGAGCACAGCCAUUACAACGCACUCUAUCCGACCUCUGCCGGUGCGCAGCAGUUACUGGACCCGGUGCAACAGGAGCAAUUGCAAUUCGCUAGUCUGAACACGCCGGCCUACCCCAAGAUCGAGUCAGGUAGCCCUAGCCAGAGUAGCUCGACACAGAUCCAGAGUCUGGCUCAUGAGUUGUCGACCCAUGCCGGUCUCGGUGACCAGCAACGUGCGCUAGAGGAUCAGCAACGACAGCAGAUUCAGCAGGCUGCCCAGCAUAUGCAAAGCCAAGCUGCGGCGCAGUCUACAGCAGGUCUCAGUGCGGCGCAAUUAGCUCAACAGCAGGCGGAUCACCAAAAGUCUAACAGACUGCGCAAGGCCUGCGACUCAUGUAGUAUCCGCAAGGUGAAGUGCGAUGAAAGUGGUCCUCCCUGCCGUGCCUGCUCUGCCCUCGACAUACCAUGCACAUUUGACCGCCCCAGUCGCCGCCGAGGACCUCCCAAUAGACAUGCCGAGGCGAUCAAGCGUAGGAGACUUGAGGAGGCUGGCGGCUCACCUCACACACUGUCAUCACCAUCAUCCCCCACACAUGCUGCCCAAGCUCUAGCAGCCCUCUCAUCUGCGACGUCCGGUCAACAAAUCACGGCCGAGUCUAUCUGUCCAAUCGAGACCGUUGAUCUCCUCAUCGAUGACUUUUUCACCUACAUACACCCAUUGUGUCCGUUUCCUCAUGAACCGAGCUUUCGCGAGGCAUGGAAGCGCCGGGAGGAUCUGAAUAACAAAUCCUUCCUGGCUCUACUCGCUGCGAUGAUUGGUGCUCUGGUCUCAUCCUUCCCGCGCAAACCUCGUCUGCACCUGAAAGCACAUCGGCGCGAGCAUAUGUUCCCGAAUCACAUGAGUCUGGUCAAUCGUUGUCAGCAGGUUUGCGCGAUGGCGCGUGGGCCUGGAUAUCUUGAGAGUGAGAGCCUGAGCGUGUACGAUGCUGCUACGAGCUACUUCCUGGCGCUGAUGGGCACAUAUACAUUCAGAUGGCGUCUCGGUCGGCUAUACUUCGGUGAAUGCUUGAACAUCAUCCGAACUCUUGGCCUCCACAAACCCAAGGACCACACCUUCACACAACUCGGCGCUUUCCCUGCCUCAGUCGGCGCCCAUGGAACACACUUUGAUGGCAGCCGAGAUGCACCAGUCGACAACAUCACUCUCGAGAUGGGUCGACGCAUCUUCUGGACAAUGUUCGUCAGCGUUAAGACAAUUCAACAAUUGGGUGCUUCCUUCGGCGAGCUUGUGAUAGCGCCACCCACAUCCAGCGACCCAUAUCCACCUCUUCCUGCGGAGGUCGACGACUUUUGCAUCUACCCUACGCACAACGAGCCUCAACCACCGGGAUUGCUGCCAGUGAUUGCUGGUUUCAACGCGAACGUCAAGGUCUUCACAUCAUACAAUACCCUUGCCACUAUGGAGAUGGCCUGGGGUAUUGAUUCUGUGAUUGACUGGGGCCGUCAAAAGAGAGUUUUACAUGAAGCACUUCGGCGGUGCAAAGAUUCAAUUGCCGAGCUGCCGACUGGUCUCAGAGUGUACCCCCGUGGAUCAUACGACGGACCACAUGACCAACAGAAUGGUAAUGGUCAUCCCAACCCUUUCGCGCAUCCAGGUAUGCAGAGGGACCCAGCGAAUGCACUGUUCAGCCCAUCGCGACGUCAAGAGAUCGAGCAAGAUCCCGAGCAGCGUCGACGAAUGCAGUACGAGAUACAGAAAGCUAACAUCUAUGCUUCGAGCUUGUCGACUCGCUCGUAUCUGGUGGAGAAAUACUUCAAUCUUUGCGAAGCUCAUGAUCGCACGCGAGGACAGACACAGAACCCUGGCUCCAUGCCAAGCUCCCCUGGGGCUGGAAUCACUGCUGUCGGUAUCGAUGGUAUGGUGCCUCAAGCACCAACAAGCCACUAUGACAUGGUCGGUGAAGAGAUGCGCCAAGAGCGAGAAGAGAUCGUCAAAGAUCUACUCGUUGUGUUGAGUAGUAUUAAUCAGGUCAACAUGGAGCCCAACGCCGACAGCUUCACCAUGAAGAUCAGAUCCAUCGCCAGCACCCUGCUUGACUUGCCUGAGCACCACAAAGGUCAGGUCGCACUACAAGCCCAGGAGUACCUAGCUGCAUUCCUCAAGAUCCUGAUGAAGCUCGAGCGCGCGAGCCCCUCGACCGAUGGCGAGGAACAGGCCAACGACGAAGAAGCCGAGCUUCGCAACUGGGCCGACCUCCGAGAGUACCAAUUGAAGUUCGCUCAGCAGGGUGGCCUUCUGGGCUUGUCAUGA